AUGGCCGCACCUCCCGAUCUGAACGCCAUCCUGGCAGCUCUUGCAGCCGGACGACCGGGCUCUACUCCCUCUCAAACACCGCAACAGCACCCACCUCACCAGCCCCCGCCUCCCGGCAUGCCUGCAGGCUUCCCCGGCGCCAUGCCCACUGUGGCACCGCCUCAGAUUCCCGGCUUCAACUUCCCGCAGCCCACGAGCUCUGGCAGUCUCGACCUUAGCGCAAUCAAGCCCGUCAGCUCUGGCUCAGUCAGUAUCCAAGACGCGCUCGCGAAAGCGCGUGGCUUUGCGGCACAAAAGGGCCUUGCCUUUGAUGCGCGUCCAGGUAUGGACCAGCAGUGGCCAGGCAUGGGUGGACCACCGCAGACUUACGCUGUGCCAGCUCAUCAAGAAGACCCGCGGUUGAGCGGACGCCCUUACCGACGUUCGCGAUCCCGCUCCAGGUCGCCGCAGCGCCGAGACAACCCCCGUGAUAGCUACAACCCUUACCGAGAUGAGCGUCGUGAUGAACGUCGCGGUGCGCCUGGCGGCUACGGCCGCGAUCGCUCUCGCUCCCCCACUAGGCGCAACACCUUUUCCCCUCCCCGCCAGCAGUAUGGCGGCAAUGAUCGUGCCACUCCCCCCAAUGACAACUCUGAGGUGAUUCUCAUUGAUUCUUCGCUCGUUGGUCUCGUCAUUGGACGACAAGGUGAGAGUCUUCGUCGCAUUGAACAGGAGUCUGGCACUAGGAUCCAGUUUAUCAAUGGCCCUGAGGCCGGACCACAGCGUCAGUGCCGCAUCACAGGAGCUCCUAGUUCCCGUAUCAGCGCGAAGCGCGAGAUCAACCGCAUCAUUGAGGAGAACGGCGGCAACCCUGCUCGUGAGACUGGUCGCAACGCUCGUGCUCCUCAGAAGGCGACGAGUCAACAGCCUGCCCUUCGUGAAGGUGAACAGUCAUCUCAGAUCAUGGUCCCUGACCGUACUGUUGGUCUCAUUAUCGGUCGUGGCGGCGAGACCAUCCGUGACCUGCAAGAGCGCAGUGGCUGCCAUGUCAACAUUGUCGGUGAAAACAAGAGUGUGAACGGUCUCCGUCCUGUGAAUCUCAUUGGAAGCCCUGCUGCUGCUGCCCAUGCUAAGGAGCUGAUCAUGGAGAUUGUCGACAGUGACACCAAGCAGAUGGAUGGUGGUGGUCAGCAACAACCCCAGCAUCAGCAACAGAACCAGAGGCGUGACCUCGACCCCUACGGCGGAGGCGGUGCUGCCGGUGGAAACAAGAUUAAUGACAGCAUCAUGGUCCCUUCAGAUGCAGUUGGCAUGAUCAUCGGCAAAGGAGGUGAAACCAUCAAGCAAAUGCAGUCUGAGACUGGCUGCAAGAUCAAUGUUUCGCAAGCCUCCGGUGCCGACAUCGAGCGCGAGAUUGGUCUUGUUGGAUCCCGUCAAGCCAUCGACGAUGCUAAGCAAGCCAUCUGGGAUAAGGUCGAUCAAGUGCGAGAGAAGAACAACAGCAGGCGACGUGACAACGGUGGUCAAGAUAACAGUUACUCACAGCAGUCACAGCCUCCGCAGUCAUUCGGCCAGCCCGCCCCCCAAGGGCAGCCUCCUGUGCCUGCAGCAGGCGCUCCAGCCGGCGGCGCAGCUGACCCAUAUGCCAUCUACGGUGGCUACCAGAACUAUCUGGCGAUGUGGUACGCAUCAUUUGCUCAACAACAGCAGCAAGGAGGCGCACCACCUGGUCCGCCCGGUGCCUAG